AUGGACAGAAAUAUAGCGGCGCUCAAAAAUGUGCUUCAGUAUGGAUAUUUUGGUCUUCAGCUGACGUGUUCAACGCAUUCUCGAGCUUACAUGAGCCAACAAAAUUCCGCUUUCAAAAAGGCAACAUGCUGUCAGCUAGUCAAGUUGGAAGACGAUAUUCUGGCAGAAAUCCCACACAAUCUAGCAGGAACCGAAUCGCAUCCAAACGCAGGUCUCCCCAAUUAUGAUCCAAUCAUGCUGUUCUACUAG